AUGGCAGUGCGUCGCAUAGUAUUGUUUGGAGGACAAGGUUCCCGCUCAAUCUUUUCACCCAGCGCCGCCAAUACUGCAGAACAGGACGCCCAGGUUGCCACGACCAGCAGCAUAUUGCUUUCAAAAUGCCAUGCCGCCUUUUUAGAAGAGAUCUCGAGUCUGGAUGUUGAAUCUCGUCGAACAUUGGCCAUUGACCCAGUCUCAUUUACAAAACCCGUCGAUUUACUUCGAACUGGAGAGGAACAUCAUGCAAACCCAGUACUACAAGCGACUACCAUUUAUCUUUGUCAGAUACUGAGAUAUCUGUCAGAUAUUCUGCAGCAAGAUGAUACCUUUGAGAAAUGCUUCGAAGGAAUUGAAACUACAGCUGGCUUUUCUUCAGGCAUCAUUCCAGCUGCAGUCGUUGCGGGCUCGUCAACCACAGACCAGUUUGUCGCAUGUGCUGUUGAGGGAUUUCGCCUUGCAUUUUGGGUUGCCUAUCACAGUUAUCGCUGGACUCAUUUACAUGCGGGUUACGAUAACGAGAAUGUCAUCCCGGAAGCUACAAUGUCACUUGCGACUAGGGGAUUGACCAAAGAGCAGGUUGAACAAAUCCUCAAGAGAGUUGAAGCUGAGCAUGGCUUGCAGCGGAUGGCGAUUUCAUCUAUAGCAACUUCUGGUUCAGUAUCCAUCUCUGGCCCCCAGGCUGAAUUGGUCACCUUGCAAGAGGAACUGCAGCUUCUAUCUGAUGUAACAUCAACAUUCGCGUAUGUUCAUGGAUGGUAUCAUGGUGGAGAGCAUCUUGAGCCUGUGGUUGAACAAGUUGAAGAGACUGUCACCCGGCGUUCAAUUUGUUUCCCAUUUUGUCAAGAAUCUUUAAGGCCCAUUUACUCAACAUUAGAUGGUACAAGUUUCAAUUUUUCUGGGAGCUCACCGGAUGGAUUGGUAUUGUGGCUCACCCGUCACCUUCUCAUCCAUUGUGUAAAUUGGAGAGACACAAGCCAAGCCAUCGUUGCCGAUAUUCGACGCAUUCUGCAGCCAAGCCAAGCGACGGCCGUUGAUAUCAUGUCGUUUGGACCUGCCUCAUCCUCAAUCUUUCCAAUAAUGGAAUCACAAAAUCCCCGGAUCCAGUGCAUAGACAUGUCAUCAUUUAAGGCCAACAAAGGAUCUACAGCACAUCCUUCGGGCCGCCCUGAUGAUAUCGCAAUCGUGGGGAUGAGCGUGAAACUACCCAAAGGUCAAGGUGCCGCCCAGUUGUGGGAUACUCUCUCUUCCGGUCUCAAUGCGGUGCAAGAGAUACCAGAAUGUAGAUUUAAGCUUUCCGACUAUUAUACGACCGAGAAGGAUAAGCCAAGAUCCAUGGCUACCAGAUAUGGAGCAUUUCUAGAUGACCCUUUUAGUUUCGACAAUGGCUUUUUUAACAUUUCUCCACGCGAAGCCAAGUCGAUGGACCCCCAGCAGAGGAUCCUCCUCCAUGCUGCCCAGGAGGCCCUCGAAGACGCUGGAUACGUGGCGGACUCGACACCUUCAUCUCAGAGGGCAACGACGGGUUGCUACAUUGGAUUAGCCACUGGUGACUAUACCGAUAACCUGUGCGAUGAUAUCGAUACCUUCUAUCCCUCGGGUACUUUGAGAGCAUUUCACAGCGGCAGAAUAUCCUACUUCUACCGACUAAGUGGUCCAUCUGUCGUAACUGAUACGGCAUGUUCUUCUUCUACAGUUUCUAUUUACCAGGCUUGCCGAGCCAUACAGAAUGGAGAUUGUACAACAGCUGUAGCUGGCGGAGUCAACAUUAUCACGAGUCCAGAUAUGUACCUAGGUCUAUCGCGAGGACACUUUUUGAGUCCAACUGGAAAUUGCAAGCCGUUUGAUGCAAGUGCCGACGGUUAUUGCCGAGCAGAGGGUUGCGUACUGUUUGUUCUCAAGCGUCUUUCUGAUGCAGUUGCGGAUGGGGAUCGCAUCCAUGGAGUCAUCAGGAACGCCCAGAUCAACCAAAGCGGCAACUCUUCCUCUAUUACACAUCCUCACAGCCCGACACAAACAGAUCUUCUUCAAACGUUACUCAAACAAGUCGACGUUGACCCUGCAUCCAUCAGCGUUGUUGAGGCACAUGGGACAGGCACACAGGCUGGUGAUGCUCGAGAAGUCGAGACACUAAAACUCGUUUUCGGCCAGUAUCACUCACCGAAGAAUCCACUGGUAGUGAGCUCUAUAAAGGGAAAUGUUGGACACUGUGAGGCAGCCUCAGGUGCAGCUGGUCUAGCCAAAUUGUUGCUUAUGUUGAGGAAUAACGAGAUUCCGAGACAAGGAGGACUGGAGAAUAUGAACCCGGCACUGGGAGACCUUCAAAGUUCUGGAUUAGUGGUUCCAAGACGCAAUAUACCUUGGAACAAAUCCCGAAGUGGACCUAGACGAGCAAUCCUCAAUAACUUUGGGGCUGCUGGCUCUAAUGCAUCACUUCUUCUGGAAGAGUGGCUUGAGUCCCCUGCGAACAACAGUAGGAGAAACGGGGAGGAUAAACGUUCUUCGUACGUUUUUAACAUCUCUGCUAAAUCUAACAAGGCUUUGCUGUUGUCUGUAGGUCGUCAUAUUGAGACUCUGAAGAAACAAAUGGAGCGUGGCCCAUCACUGGAGGAUAUUUGUUAUACCGCGACUGCUCGCCGCCAGCAAUACGACCAUCGGGUUUCUGUUACGUGCAGCUCCAAAACCGAGCUGAUCUCCAAGCUAGAGCAGCACCAAGCGACGGUAUCAAAAGCCACACUGCAAGCGUCUUCGACAGUUUUCGUUUUUACUGGGCAGGGUGGUAUUUACAGUGGUAUGGGACGAGAACUGAUGUACACAUAUCCUCCCUUUCGCGACGUUAUCAAAUCUUGCGACCGCAUAGUUCAAGGCCUUGGGCUUGAAUGUCCUAGCAUUUUGAAUUACAUACUUCCUGGGACCGAGGAUGAGUUGGCAUCAUUGUCCCACAUUGAACACCUCAUGGUGUCGCAGUGCGCCUGCGUUGCGCUAGAGUAUGCUCUAGCCAAGACGUUCAUCUCUUGGGGUAUCAAGCCGGACCAUGUAAUUGGUCACAGCCUUGGAGAGUACGCUGCUCUGUGUAUCUCUGGUGUCUUGACUCCAGACGACACAUUCCGCCUCGUUGCAACACGAGCAAAGCUGAUGGGUGAGCAUUGUGCUGCAAACCUAUCGGGCAUGCUUGCUUGUCACGCAAGUUCUAAAGAACUACAUACUCUUCUCUCAGAGGAUUCGUCUUUUAACCAGUUAAGCAUCGCAUGUAUUAAUGGUCCCCGAGACUGCGUUGUUGGUGGUCCGCUCACUCAGCUCGAGGUCCUUCAGACACGGUGUAAAACUUGCAAUAUCAGGUCCAAGCUAAUAGAUGUACCCUACGCUUUUCACACUUCAGCCAUGGACCCAGUCAUAGAUCUUCUUUCGUCAUUAGAAGGAUCUAUCAAAUUCCAAGACGCCACGAUUCCCGUUAUCUCAAAUGUCGAUGGUGGACUAUUUUGCAAAGACACUGCAGGGAAUUAUUUCUCAAAACACACACGCCAGCCAGUUCGAUUCCACGAUGGUGUCAUGAAUCUCCAAGAUCUGAUGGGUCAGUCUUCGAUAGAUAACUCUCUUUUUAUCGAGAUUGGUCCGCAUCCUGCGCUGCUGCCUAUGUUGCGAGACUCAGUCUCUUCUACCUCUUGCACGUAUCUAAGCACACUACAUAAAGGACGAGACGCGUGGACGUCCCUUUCUCAGACAUUGUCCACUUUGGCCUUACGCAAAAUGUCAAUCAAUUGGCGGGAGGUAUUUGUUGGCACUUCUGCUCAAGUCACAGACUUGCCUGGCCAUCCUUUGGAAGGUACCAAGUUCCUUAUCCCUUUCAAAGAACCUACAGGCAUCGCUGGCCUUGGAGAUGUGCCAGCGGCCGAUUCGUCACCACGUGUUAGAACUGGGCAUCUCCUUCUACCAUGGAUCAGAACGGACACGAAAUCCUUAGGAGAGCACAUCUUCGAGACAGACAUGACGAUUCUAGGCCCAUUAAUCAGUGGUCAUGAUGUUGGUGGUACACCUAUUUGUCCCGCAUCUGUCUUUCACGAGAUGGCACUUGAAGCUGCGAGCACGAUAUUGGAAUCUGGAAAGUACGAAUCCUUAGUCGUGACUGGAAUGAACUUUUCCAGUCCGCUGAUUUAUCUUCCUUCAUCCACGUCUGGAACGACGGUACGUGUGUACAUAUCGAAACAGAGCACAGCUUCUUCGCAGACUUUAAGCUUCCAUGUGAAGUCUUCCCUGGACACAUCGUCUGCAGAGUCUUUGCAUUGUUCCGGAUAUGUAAGCCUACAAAGCUUGGAUAGGAAACCAGGGCAGUGGACAAAAGACCAUGCUUUGGUUACCAGACAAACUCAGCUGUUCUCCGGUGCUGGAAAGAACCUACUGAGUACUUUCCGAACAGGGGUCCUGUAUGAGAACAUCUUUACCCGAGUUGUGCGAUACUCUCCAGAGUAUCAGACUUUGCAGUUCUUGGACGUGGUAGACUCAAACCUCGAAGGUAUGGGUUCGUUCAAAGUGCCAUCCAACGGUGGCGACGACUCAGAAAAAGGCUAUAUCGCUCAUCCUGUCUUUACUGACACGUUGUUGCAUGCGGCUGGCUUCAUUGCCAAUCUCGCAAUUGGCUCGAAGGAGAUUGGUAUUUGUUCUGCUGUGGAGUCCAUUGAAGUUGCUUACCAUAAACUCAUCUACCGAGAUACCUUCAGGAUCUACUGUAGUCUUCUAGAAAUGAAAGGAGCAAUCCUUGCUGACUCCUUCGCUCUUGACAGCUCUGGUUGCAUUGUAGCGGUGAUACGGGGGAUGGAGUUCAAGAAACUACAGCUUUCGACAUUCCAGCAAUCUCUAUCUCGCAAUACUACUGUCUCAAAGCCCGAGAGAUCAGAACUUCAUCAUCGAGCCACCAACCCAACCAGUUUACGACUGCAGAAUUCUACGACUGAGCCUGAGCAAUUGUUUAUCGAUGACACAGUGGACCCGAGUACUGGUCCAGGCGAAAGAGGUAUAAGUAAGACGCUCAAAGAUAUCGUUGUGGAAGUUGGGGGCUUUUCGGAACAAGACAUCGAUUACGCCAUGUCCUUGGCAGAUUUGGGAAUAGAUUCCUUGAUGCAGAUCGAAAUUGUCUCCAAGAUCUCUCGUUUGUUCCCUGGACAAACCGGUCUCAACCACCAUGCUCUAUCUGAGUGCGAAACUCUAGGAGAGUUGGAUGACAUACUCUCAUCAGUCCUUCAACCCUCGUUCAAGCAAUGCUCAGUUUCCGAAACAUCGUCCCCUCGUCAAACUGGCAUCGUCACACCAGCGUCUUCAGAUUCUUCAGUCAAUGAUGGAAGCGUUCAUAGGUUUGAGGUGCUCCCUGUCGUUCUUCAUACUUCGGAAGAGGCACGUACCCCUCUUUGUCUCUUUCAUGAUGGGAGUGGGCAAAUUAGUAUGUAUAAGCGUCUUCGGGGUCAUGACAGGACCACAUAUGCUUUUUUCGAUCCCAAAUUCCGAGGCUUUAGUAAGGACCGCUCCUUUUAUUCCAGUAUCGAAGAAAUGGCCGAGGACUACGUUUCAAGGAUUCUGACCACACGCCAACCCAUUUCUUCUUUGAUACUAUGUGGCUGGUCAUUUGGAGGCGUUGUAGCCUUUGAGGCAGCCCGGCUACUCUCUAUGCGUGGUGUCGACGUGAAAGGGCUCGUGCUGAUCGAUUCGCCCAGUCCCGUCAACCACGAGCCUCUUCCCGCCGAGAUCAUUUCAAGCAUAACCAGGUCCACAGGUCGACCCGGAAGCACGAGUGCUCUGGAAGAAGAGUUCCUAUCCAAUGCAUCUCUCUUGGGUCGUUAUAUCCCCGAAGGGAUUUCUUCAAGUAUUUCAAAGACUCUGAAAACAGUUAUACUUCAGGGUCAGGAUACACUAGACACCGAGACACUUUGCGGAGUUCGUUAUGGCUGGCUUAAUCGGCAGGAAGUGAGAGAUGCUGCGAUCGAGGAAUGGGAACAAAUAGUCGGCGGACCUGUCAAGGUCCUUUUGAUUGAGGGAAACCAUUUUGAGCCGUUCAUGGACGACAAGAUAUCUCAAACAGCCUCACAGCUUUGGAAGGCUUGCCAGUACAUCGACAAGGAUGAAGAAGAGUGA